AUGGCCAACAGAACCAACACCUCUGCCCCACACUACAGCUACGAAUACUACCUGGACUACUUGGACCUCAUGCCCGUGGAUGAGAAGAAGCUAAGUGCCAACAAACACUCGAUCGCCAUCGCCUUCUGGGUGAGCCUGGCAGCUUUCGUGGUUUUUCUCUUCCUCAUCCUUCUCUACAUGUCCUGGUCAGGCUCUCCACAGACGAGGAACGCCACCCAGCAGCCCCCAACAUGUCCCUGGAGUCUUGGCCUCAACCUCCCGCUCUAUGUCUGGAGGCAACCCCAGCACCCCAGGGCCCCCCCGGGGGACCGUGCAGCCUCCACCGAGCUCGGUCGAGGAACCAGACGCCGGAGCAUCCUGGCCUGUCCAGUGGCUGCAACGAGAGAGACCCUCCACCUCAGCGCCCCCAGGACCACCCUGCUCUCCUCUGGGAACUGGCCCUCAGUGGGGACCUACAGGGCACCAGCUGACGUCAGCAACACGCCCAGUGAGCCUCCCCUGUAG